AUGGUCGAGCAAGACAAGAACCGAGACAUGUUCAAGCACGCAAUCGGAUUGACGGUCUCUUCGCCCGUGGAGGUUGGGGGAGACUCGAAAAGCGAAACCUCCAGAGGCAGUGACCAAGACUUAAGCCGUAGCUACAAAGCGAGCAGUAACGAUGUGGUUUUCGAGGCCGUUGGCGGCAAUACCAUCUUGGCUUCGAACCCGGGCCAGUGGUGUCCUACUGUCGGUAACCACGUCAACUGGAGAGUCAUCGAGCGGGCCGAUUCGAGGCUGAUCAUCGACUCUCUGAUCGAUAUCGGGGACCCUCGGUUCACGAGCGCUGCCGACGCGUUUUCGGGCGCGACGCCCGGCCCGGCCACGAAGGGCAUCAGCAUCCCCAAGCUGAACAAGAUCCUUGCCCAGCUCCGUUUCAAGACGAAGAUAACCAGCGAGAAGACGCACUACCUGUAUCAUGAUAUCCAUAAUCCCAUUGUCGCGCAAACAAAAAGUGAAAGGAAGGUUUCGCCCCCAAGAUUCCAGGGGCCGCGAGCCGCACCCUACGUCAGCAGCUGGGAGAGCAAGGACGGCAUUUGGGUUAUUACUCCGACCUUCGAUACCAGGCUGGUGGAUGGCUCCACCGUGACCAUCAGUUCCGCGCGCAGUCCUCAAUCUCCCUGGUUCCUGUCCGUUCUACGCACAAACGCGGGGCUCUUCAUGCCCUGCAUGACCACGUCGGAGCAGUUCGUGUGGCGGGUCCGCGAGGUCCUGCGGCCCUCGUCCUCCUCCAAGACCACCGUCGGCGAGAGGCCCUCCCUCCAGCCGCUCAAGCACGACGCCUGGCUGUGCCUGACGUUCGAUUACGACGACAACCCACGCGGCUUCCGCGACUUCAAGGACGAUGACCGCGGCUCCCGCAACGUCGAGUUCCCGGAGAGCGAGAGCAGGCAGCUCGUCCUCGUCGAAGCGCCCAACAAGUCGGACUCAUGGGAGGACCGCGGCGUGCUCCUCCUGUCCAACGGGGACGACCUGAAGCCCGACUCGUCGCCGCGGGUCAUGACGCUCGACGACGUGGAGAUCUCGGUCAAGAUUGCGCAGUUCAGGAUCGACGUUCGCGACGGGAUGGACGAUGAUUAUGAUAUCCUGGAGAUGAUUGGGGGCGAAAUCGAGGCGCAAUACGAGGCUCAGCAGAAGAAGAUGAAGUCGAAAGGUCAUGGGGUCUCGGAUUGA